CUGUUUUUAUCCAUGAUUUUUUUAAUUAGUUAAAUGGAUGUUUAGUGUUUGAUUAUGUAAGCUGUUCUAUCCAUGUAAUUUUUGUGACAUCUUUUAUAAUAUUAAAAUGUCAUCUGCACCCACCUUAAAAGUAUAAGAAAUGCUGAAAUUCAACAUCCAGCUAUACAUUUUGUUGUACAAUUUUUGUGUUGUUUCCUUUAUUUUGAUGCCUAGUAUAUAUUCUCACCACAGUGAAUUCAAAUGCAAAGUUUGUGGAAAAGUUUUUCAAUCUGAAUCUGUUCUUCAAAUUCACACUGUUUCACACAACUAUAAAUCAACAGUUAAACAAAAAAGAAAAAGAACAGCCAAGUUCUACGUAUUAUCUGAAGAACAGAACGAGAUUUUAAAAAACACCGAUCCCAAUCAAUCUAUGACGUUAUCGGAACGUGUUCUAAUUUCUGCUGUGGCUGACAAAGAUACGGUAAGUUUUGUUCAAAAAGAAAGUGGUCGCGGUCGACACAAAGAGUUUGAAUUGAACGGACCCCUCCACUCAAAUGUGUGCCAGUAUUGUCCAAAAAGCUUCCAGAAACCCAGUGAUCUUGCAAGGCAUAUUCGGAUCCACACUGGAGAUAAACCAUACAAAUGCAGUCAGUGUGGAAAAAGCUUUACACUCAAGUCCACCAUGGUUGUACAUGAGAGAGCUCAUUUGCAUAAUAAAAUGUUUCGUUGCCACAUUUGUGAUAUGAUGUACGCUUCCAAAGCAAGUUUAAAGGUUCAUAUGCGACUGCACACUGGAGCAAAACCUUACAAGUGUUCGGUGUGUCCGAUGACUUUCAGAGCCUCCAGUCAUAGAAAGAGUCACAUGGCAACGCAUAUGGUGAUGAGAACUAAAGCAAAAGAUUCGUUACAAACCAAAACUAACACAGGGGAAACCAAGCCAUCCACACCAACAAGCCCUUCCACCCAACCUUCAUCACCAAAACAAAGCAAUUCAUCCAACGUUGUGUGGCCGGACAUGACACUUACUGUUCCCAUGGAAACGUUACUUGCUGGCAACUUAUUCCAGAACGAAAGUGAAGGAAUUCCCAUCAGCGUAAACGAACCAGAUAUCCAACUUCAUCAAGACCAAAACAUCUCCCUUCAAAUUGAUCCAAUUAUUGAACAGAGCGUCAGCAAUGGAAACAUACAUGCUUCUAAAAUGUUAAACCAGACAACAGACGAGCAGACACAGAAUAAUUCAAAUUCUGUGAUGGUGGUGUCGAGUUUCAACUCUACCCCUUCAGAUUCAACGUUUGUGACAUCUGGCCCACUUUACCCCCAAACUAAUCCCACAUGGCCCCCACCUAAUGUUGUAAUUCAACCCAUCAGCAACUUAUGUUAUCAACCAAUGCAGAAUGUCUCGGAUCCCAAAACACCCCUGAGUGACGUGAAUCGACAGCAGUUCCAGGAGAUAAAUAUUGCAGUGCCUUCUAAUUUAGCUGGUGUCACACAGCAGCUUUUACAAAGUCCCUUGGUUGUAACUCUAAACAACGAUGGAACAGGAGAUAAAAAUCAAGAAUUCACCGUCAAUUUGAACAACCCAGCCGUAAUACAGGCAGUACAGCAGGCCCUGAGUAAUCUGGCAUCUUCAAGGAUUCAAGGUCAAGUUGGCAACCUCAAUAAUUCUGAUAUUACUUUAACGAUCAAUCCUCAAGAUCUGCAGGUUGUUACAAAUGAAGUUACAAUCUCCAAUGAAAUUGGGCAGCCUACCUCAAGUUCAGGUGUGUUGUUUUAGUCAGCAAUUAACGCAAACCGCUUUAUAAUUUACUUAUUAUUUCUUUAUUCAGAUUCAUAGCAUCAAAUCAGGACACAAAAGUUAGGCCCAAUAUUGUUAAAUUUCUGGUGGUGACGUGAUUCUAAAAAAAGUGUUUAUACAUGCAUGGAUAUUAAUCAUGGAUGGAUUAAACUAUUCGAACAUAAAUGCUUUUCUUUAUUUACUGUGUUUCUGACAACCUAAAUUUUUGUUAUAACUACUUAAUUGUUUGAUAUUUUUGUUUGUUACAAUCGUACAGUAUAUAUAGAAAGUUGGGGGAGACGGGACACCUUUAGCAUACAAUAUCCAAUUAUCCUGAUCGUGUUUUAGGGAAUUAACAACGGUCUAUUGGAGUUGUGGGGAUGCGAUUUUAUAAUUCUUUGAGAAAAUAGAAUGAAAACGGAUCCCAUAUUCCCCAACCUUACUAUAUAUUACGAUAGUGUGUUUAAGUUGUUGUUUAAUUUGUUAUCUGCUUCCAUAUUUGAGCCUUGUUCUUGUUUCAACGGGAUGUUUUUUUCUCCGUAAAUAUUUGUUGAUGUUAUUUACACUGUGUAAAAGGUUGCUUCUUUGUUUGCGCAUAUUUUGUUUCCAUUAAAUCAGUCGAAUCAGCCUA